AUAACUGUAUUUGUGCUGGUCUGUUUAUAUCAAUAUUUUUAUAUGUAUUUGUGUGUGUGUAAAUAUAUACAUAUAUAAACAAACAAAUAUAUAUCUAUGAAUUUAUUUACGUAUCACUGUGAACCAACAGAAGCAAGAAGAGAACUCGACCAUCGGGGCUGGUCUCUGAUUCCGAGAUCAUACACACUAUUUUCUGCAUUAUUUUUCCAAGCGUUUUGCAUCGACCUGAGGAAGACUACCAAGCUUUUUCUAUUUUUCAUCGCCCUGUUGCAACCUCCUCAUCUCAUCUUUUUCUCGAUCGGGAGGAACAAAGAGGAGGAUAACAGGGUUUGUGAAGAUUCCUGCCGUUCGUGCUGCCGUUCGUGAGAAGAGCUGCACUGCGCGCUGCGUUUGAUCUGAGCAGGCAGCAGCAGCAGCAGUGAGAUAGAAAGAGACAGAGAGUGCCGCACCGUGUGAACUAGCCAGCAUGCACAAACAUCACCACUGCUGCAAGUGCCCAGAAUGCUAUGAAGUGACCCGCAUGGCCGCCCUGCGCAGGAUGGACGCCCCGGCAUAUGGGGACUGGCAGCCCGAACCCUACGGAUACCCGGCUGGCUAUGGAGGUGGCCAGACCUUACCACCCCAAACCUCGGGCGGAGGAGGGGGAAUGGGUGGAGGGGGUACAUUGGGAAGAAGUAAAGGGAAAAUGAUGUCAGCUGGGGGUCCUGGAGGUCCCAACCCUAAGAGCCAUUCCAAGUGUGGCCCCAAGGUGAAUGGUAAUAACUCAGGAGGGCAAGGAGGAUGGUGGCCCGAGUGCACCUGUUCCAACCGGGACUGGUACGACCAGGCAAACCCUCCCCCCAUCAUUGUGAACGCAGACUCACUGGAUGCAGGCCCUUAUGUGAAUGGGAGUGAUGGCAUGUAUAAAUACGAAGAAAUCAUUUUGGAGAGGGGCAACUCUGGCCUUGGGUUCAGUAUCGCAGGAGGUGUGGAUAAUCCACACAUUCCUGAUGAUCCAGGAAUCUUCAUCACCAAGAUUAUCCCAGGAGGUGCCGCUGCCAUGGAUGGGAGACUAGGGGUAAAUGACUGUGUUCUGCGGGUGAAUGAUGUGGACGUGUCCGAGGUUGUGCACAGCAAGGCUGUAGAGGCUUUGAAGGAGGCCGGUCCAGUGGUCAGGUUGCUGGUACGCAGAAGACAGGCUCCACCUGAGACCAUUUUGGAGGUCAACCUACUGAAAGGGCCUAAAGGUCUUGGCUUCAGUAUUGCUGGAGGUAUAGGCAACCAGCACAUCCCGGGCGACAACAGUAUCUACAUCACAAAGAUCAUCGAAGGUGGGGCGGCACAGAAAGAUGGACGUCUGCAGACAGGCGAUCGCCUACUGGCUGUGAAUAACAUCAUACUUCAGGAUGUGCGUCAUGAGGAGGCUGUGGCCGCUCUGAAGAACACUUCAGACAUGGUCUAUCUGAAAGUGGCCAAGCCGGGACCAGUACAUCUCAAUGACAUGUACGCCCCACCAGACUACUCCAGCAGUCUCGGCCUCCCUCCAGCCUUCCCCACCAUGGUGGACAACCACGUCGGGCACAACUCCAACAUGGCCUACAUGGGAGGCAUGGAGCCUAAACCAGUCUACCCACCGCCCCAGGCCACCCCCUCGAGGUACUCCCCAGUCCCACGCCACAUGCUGGGGGAGGAGGACUUCACCAGGGCCGAGCCCAUUUACAGUGCCAUCCACAAACCUCAUGGGGACACCAGCCCUCCCUCCCCCCGUCUGUGCAGCAGGGGGUCUGGGGAUGUGGGUUGCAGCCCCGCCCCGCCUGCUCUGUGUCAAAGCCUGGUCCCGUACACCGGCAGGGAGCCGCGGAAGAUCCUGCUGCACAAGGGUUCCACAGGUUUGGGAUUCAACAUUGUGGGCGGCGAGGAUGGAGAGGGCAUCUUCGUGUCUUUCAUCUUGGCAGGUGGUCCAGCCGACCUGAGCGGAGAGCUGAGGAGAGGAGACCGCAUCCUGUCGGUGAAUGGUGUAAACCUGCGCAAUGCUACCCAUGAGCAGGCUGCUGCUGCAUUGAAGAGGGCUGGACAGACGGUGACCAUCAUUGCCCAGUACAGACCAGAAGAAUACAGUCGUUUUGAGUCCAAGAUCCACGACUUGAGGGAACAGAUGAUGAACAGCAGCAUGAGCUCCGGCUCCGGCUCCCUCCGCACCAGUGAGAAACGCUCCCUCUAUGUCAGGGCUCUUUUUGACUACGACAGGACCAGAGACAGUUGCCUUCCUAGCCAGGGCCUGAGUUUCUCCUAUGGGGACAUUCUUCAUGUCAUCAAUGCCUCUGAUGAUGAGUGGUGGCAGGCACGGCUGGUUACCCCCCAUGGGGAGAGUGAGCAAAUCGGGGUCAUACCAAGCAAGAAAAGGGUGGAAAAGAAAGAGCGUGCACGGUUAAAAACAGUCAAAUUCCAUGCAAGGACGGGCAUAAAUGAGUCCAACAGGCCAGUCAAAGCGAAGCGCAAAAAAAGCUUCAACCUAUCACGCAAGUUCCUGUUUUACAAGGAGAAUAUAGUACAGGAUUUGGUGGAGACUGAACAAUGCUUGACGUCCAACACCAGUGACAGCGAAAGCAGCUCCAAGGGUCAGGAAGACACAAUACUAUCAUAUGAGCCAGUAAUUCGACAAGAAAUCCAUUACACAAGGCCUGUGAUUAUCCUGGGUCCAAUGAAGGACAGAGUAAACGAUGACUUGAUCUCAGAGUUCCCUCACAAGUUUGGAUCCUGCGUUCCACAUACAACUCGUCCUCGGCGAGAGAAUGAGAUGGAUGGGCAGGACUACCAUUUUGUGGGUUCAAGGGAGCAAAUGGAGAAGGACAUUCAGGACAACAAAUUUAUUGAGGCCGGCCAGUUCAAUGAGAAUCUGUAUGGGACCAGCAUCCUGUCUGUCCGGGCAGUGGCUGAAAGGGGGAAACACUGUAUCCUGGAUGUGUCUGGGAACGCCAUAAAGCGACUUCAGCAAGCACAGCUCUAUCCAAUCGCCAUUUUCAUCAAACCAAAAUCUGUGGAGGCCCUAAUGGAAUUGAAUAAGAGGCAGACAUAUGAGCAAGCUAAUAAAGUCUUUGAUAAGGCAGUGAAGCUUGAACAAGAGUUUGGAGAGUUUUUCACAGCCAUAGUCCAGGGUGACUCACUAGAUGAGAUCUAUAAUAAAAUCAAGCUGAUCAUUGAAGAGCAGUCAGGCCCUUACAUCUGGAUCCCAUCCACAGAGAAGCUCUGAACUCGCCGCCUCCACGAAGCCCCCCACCUGACCCCCACUCCCACCUGACACCUUUCCUUCCCUUUCACUGAUAUGUUUCAGAUCAAGUUUUAGUGUCAUUAUGUUACCCUCAAUCUAAUGAAGUCUUAUCACCAUUACUGUGACUGUGCGCACCCCUGCAUGAGUUUCUCAGCAAUUCCAUUCAAGAUUGGAAAUGCCAUUCCUCAAGAAAUGUUUUGUCAUGUAAAACAAAAAAGGGAAACCUGAACAAAUUCCUUUUUGCAUUUCGGAUGGACUUGAAGAUGAGAACGUCUUAACGAAGCGAGAGCGGGGAGCCGGGGAGUUGGAGAUGGUGGCACGAGCGGGAACCUUGUAUGAGUUCAUUCGAUUUCAUGGAAAAAGACAUUUGAGGAUGCUGUGCAAGGUUUUCUUGGAGGACUAGAUACAGUUCAAGCCUGCUGAUGGUACCGUCACUGCUCUCACUGUUCUAACGGAUGAACUUCAAAACUGAUGGUGAUCUUCAGUACUCAUAAACCAGCUCACUUUAUUUGAUCGGCUGCCUGGCCGUUUGUAUGGCGACACGUUCAGAGGUUUGAGUCUCUACAUUUAUAUUACUGAAAUCACAUGGAAAAUAAAAAUCCUACGGAGAGAUUUUACUACAUAAUACGAAAUUAUACGGUACAUAUUUUACACUUCACUAGAAUUGUCAACUCGGAGGGCUGUUCGAUUUCAUUUCUAGUCUUUGGGUUUUUGUUCUUUCUUUCUUGUGGUUUUAGCUGCUCUGUAUUAAAGAUGGGGGUAAAGAGGUGUAACUGGGCUCUCUGCAGACCACCAAACUGCCUUACGAUGAAUAAACGCUUAGUCAUGGUGGGAGGGGGAACGACACAAUAUUCAACCUAUCAGUGCUUAGAGGGAAACUCUUUUUGUGCUUUAUUAUGAGUUUCCUGUCAUCCUAUCGGAGGCCUAACUUGUGCAAUAGACUUCAGUGUCUUACCUCUGUGAAAUCCUUUUUUUGCAAACCUUUUUUUUUUUUUGUGUUGUCUUGAGCAAAAUCCAAUUUCGGCCGCCAUUGGAGUUGUUGAAAAGCAGACAGCCCACUUGCACUUCCUCUGCCUUCCAGGACUAUAUUCUCUUCAGACUGAACGGUAACACGGUACUGUCCUGUUAGCUGCCCAGGAGCGCAGCCUUAAAACGGGUAGAAUCAAGACAAUAAUUGUAUUGGAUGUCCUUCUUGAUAUUAAAGCGUUAGUGGAGCCUGAAAUUGACCGUUUUCCCCAGAACUCGACGAUGGUUUGAUUAAAUCUGUUCUUUGUAAUGACAGCUUUUAAAAGAUUUUUUUCCUUCUGCUCCUUUAUUUCCGGGCUGAUGUUUACUCCACUGUGUUGAUGAGCCUUGUGCCGGGGUGAGCUUGGCGAGCUCAGGAAUCUGAUGGAUACAUUUUUUUUUUUUAAA